AUGUUCGUGUCCCGGCUCCUGGAUUUCCAGAAGACGCGCUACGCCAGGUUCAUGAAUCACCGUGUCCCAUCCAACUGCAGGUACCAGCCCACGGAAUAUGAGCACGCAGCCAACUGUGCCACCCACGCUUUCUGGAUCCUGCCCAGCAUCCUUGGCAGCUCCAUCCUCUGCAUCCUCUCUGAUGACCAGUGGGAAACCAUCUCAGCCUGGAUCUAUGGCUUUGGCUUGUCCAGCCUCUUCAUUGUCUCCACCAUCUUCCACACCAUCUCCUGGAAGAAGAGGCAUCUCAGGACUGUGGAGCACUGCCUGCACAUGUUUGACAGGAUGGUGAUCUAUUUCUUCAUCGCUGCAUCCUACGCUCCCUGGCUGAACCUGAGGGAGUUGGGUCCCUGGGCGUCCCACAUGCGCUGGAUCAUCUGGAUCAUGGCAUCCAUCGGGACCGUCUACGUUUUCUUCUUCCAUGAGCGGUACAAGCUGGUGGAGCUGGUGUGCUACGUUAUCAUGGGCUUCUUCCCUGCCUUGGUCAUCCUCUCCAUGCCCAACAGGGAUGGUCUCCUGGAGCUGGUGUUCGGUGGGUUCUUCUACUGCCUGGGCAUGGUGUUCUUCAAAAGCGACGGCCGCAUUCCCUUCGCCCACGCCAUCUGGCACCUCUUCGUGGCCAUCGGAGCUGGCAUCCACUACUACGCCAUCUGGAGGUACCUGUACCGGCCCGGAGCGCUGGACACCAGCACCUCCCGCUAG